GAGAAGCCGGUGAUCUCCUCCUGAAUCUCAGUGCUCGCCUGUCCCAUCCCCUCCGUCUUCUGUACUCGCUGCGCCCAUCCUCUGCCUGCCAUGGCCGCCUACAAGCUCGUGCUGAUCCGCCACGGAGAGAGCGCCUGGAACCUGGAGAACCGCUUCAGCGGCUGGUAUGACGCGGACCUGAGCCCCGCGGGGCACCAAGAAGCCCAGCGUGGUGGCCAAGCGCUGCGAGAUGCUGGCUAUGAAUUUGAUAUCUGCUUCACUUCUGUCCAGAAGAGAGCAAUUCGUACUCUUUGGAUAGUACUAGAUGCCAUUGACCAGAUGUGGUUGCCUGUAGUCAGGACCUGGCGGCUCAAUGAACGGCAUUAUGGAGGUCUGACAGGCCUCAACAAAGCAGAGACGGCUGCUAAGCAUGGUGAGGCCCAGGUCAAGAUCUGGCGACGAUCCUAUGAUAUCCCACCACCUCCGAUGGAGGCCAACCACCCCUUCUACAGCAACAUCAACAAGGACCGGCGCUAUGCAGAUCUUACCGAGGAUCAGUUGCCCUCCUGUGAGAGCCUGAAAGACACCAUUGCCCGGGCUCUACCCUUCUGGAAUGAGGAAAUUGUCCCCCAGAUCAAGGAAGGAAAACGAGUUCUGAUUGCAGCCCAUGGCAAUAGCCUUCGAGGGAUUGUCAAACAUCUUGAGGGUCUGUCUGAAGAAGCAAUAAUGGAGCUGAACCUGCCCACUGGCAUUCCUAUCGUGUAUGAGUUGGACAAGAAUCUGAAACCCAUCAAGCCCAUGCAGUUCCUUGGGGAUGAAGAGACCGUGCGCAAAGCCAUGGAGGCCGUGGCAGCCCAAGGCAAGGCCAAGAAGUGAAAAGCAGACCACUAGCACAUGCCAGCAGUAGCCAGUCCUUCCCUUUUCACUGUCCCCACCACAUCUCUCCCCUGCCUGCUCCAUACACUGACCAUCGCCUUAGGGAUCAACAUAUAGCUGCAGGUGGGGGACUGAUGGUUCCUUCUCUCAUUUCCUUACUAUUUCAGACCAAUUCCUUUCUCUCCUGUGGACCCUCCCCUCAACCACAUUAGUCAAAAUACCUGCUGGGUGGUUUGGCACAAUAAGGACCUGGUUGGGGGUUAGGGAUGGGGACAUGGUAAGAAGUGACCAAUGUGGGGAGUUGAAAGAAGCAGCUGUUCCAGUUACUCCUAUGAGCCAGUCCUGCCAGUAGGACAGCCCUCUCAGGGGCUGUUGCAGUAAGCUGUCAUUUAACAAAUAAUGAAAAUCUAAAUAUUGAUCAUUUUUCCUCCCUAACCCAAGAAAAAUGGAUCCGGGAGGUUGAGAUUAUGUGCUAAUGUUUACUUAUAUUUACUUUCACAAGAGACCUUUCUAGACUGGUUGUUUUUAGUGAUUUUUUUUUUAAUUGAACUGUCCCACAUGGUAAUCAUCAGAGAACUCGAGCUGUACCAGAGUGCAGAGUUUUUGAUUUCUAAAGGCUGGAUGCGUACAUCCCACUGUGCAUUCUCUAGUCCCAUCUCUAUUUUGUGGCAGUGAAAUGCCCCCAAGUCAUGUCAAAAUGUGUCUCCUGUAUCCCACUGCCUUCCAGCCAAACAGACCUGCCACCAGGGUCCUCAUCAGUUUUAGCAUAAGUACUAACCCUGCCCACCCCCAUUCCCCUCUUUUUUUUUUGUUGUUCAUUAUAAUAAAGGAGUGAUGUGCAAUA